AUCCGCACAUUUGCAGCGACGUCGGUACAGCAAAAAUUGUAUAUUUUUUUUAACUCAAAGUGCAUAAGUAAAGUAUAAUGUCGGUGCACUACAAAUUUAAAAGUACGCUGAACUAUGACACAAUUACUUUUGAUGGACUACAUAUAUCUGUUGGCGAUUUAAAAAGGGAAAUUGUGCAGCAAAAGCGGUUGGGAAAAGUUAUAGACUUUGACCUUCAAAUAACAAACGCCCAGACAAAAGAAGAAUAUAAAGAAGAUGGAUUCCUCAUACCAAAAAACACUACAUUGAUAAUCUCACGGAUACCGAUAACGCAUCAACCCAAAAAGGGGUGGGAUCCUCCAACAGAUCCUUCUUUUGCCUCAACGGCACCACCCAAGCAAGAUAAUUUUAGUAUGGACCUAUCGAAAAUGCAGGGCAGUGAGGAGGAUAAAAUUCAAGCGAUGAUGAUGCAGAGCACAGCGGAUUAUGAUCCAAAAACGUAUCAUCGCAUUAAAGGCCAAUCUCAAGUUGGCGAAGUACCGCCUUCAUAUCGUUGCAAUAAGUGCAAGAAAGGCGGCCAUUGGAUCAAAAAUUGUCCAUUUGUAUCUGGAAAGGAUCAAUUUGAAACAAAAAGAAAUACUGGAAUCCCUCGUUCAUUUAGAGAUAAGCCAGAUAUGUCGAUGAAUCAAGCAACACAAUUUUUACCAGCAGAAGAAAAGCAAGAAAUUCCUGAGGACUUGGUUUGCGGAAUAUGUCGAGAUCUUUUUGUCGACGCAGUAAUGAUUCCCUGCUGUGGAAGCUCGUUCUGCGAUGAUUGUGUGCGCACAGCGCUUUUAGACUCGGAGGACAAUGAGUGUCCAGACUGCAAAGAAAAAAAUUGUUCUCCUGGCUCUUUAAUACCCAAUCGCUUUUUGAGAAACUCCGUAAACGUUUUUAAGAACGAAACUGGAUAUAAAAUUGGAACUUACAAAACUGCCGAUCAACAAGUGGCAACACCGCCUCAGGAGGAGCAGGAGGGAGAGGAGGAGGAAGUUCCAUCUUCUCAAACUUCAGAAACUGGAAAUAAAACUGAAGAGCAGGAGCAGCCGGAGGAAAAGGAAAAUAUCAAAACUAAGGAAGCUGAAGACUCAGAUUCACAGCCAACCACCAACAGUGAAACGGUGGUGAAAGAUACAGAUAAAGAUAAGGAUAAAUCUGAUUCAGAAUAUGAAGACAAUAUAACUAUAAAAAUGCCUACCAAAAAAAUGGUUGAAAACACAUUUGGCAUCCCAGGUUCUGAUAAUGUCGAGGUGCCAAAAUCUCCACCGAAAAAGGAAUCUGUGAACCCCAUUGUACAACGGAAGCAAAAAGACUAUCAGUAUGAUUCAGAACCAGAUAAUAGGCAGAGAAUGUCAGCCAAAACUGACAACUAUAAACCUCAAAAUGAGCGAAGUCUGUUGCCAACACCAAUCAGUGUACACCACAACUAUCAGAGCCAAAACUUGAAUGACCAAAUGGAGAAGCCAUUAUUGACCACAGAAAUGGCAAAUAACGCACAUCGAAUGAACGUUUAUAAACCUCCUUACAUUCAAAUGCCUCGAGGUCCUCCGCUCCAUAUGAUGGGACACCAUAUACCGCAGUACAGCAAUGGAUAUAAUACUGUAGCACACAGACCCCCAAUUGGCUAUGGACCUUAUCAAAACCAACCGGUACAUCAAAUACGUCCCCCGUAUAUUGCACCGCCAAAUGUAAACAUGAAUUCGUCCCAAGCCUUUCAAUCCAAGAACUUGGCAUCUAUUUAUCAAGGAGUUGCAGCUAAAGUCGGAACUGGGCUCAUUGAUGAUCCUCUAGAGGCAUUUAAUCGAAUCAUGAAGGAAAAAGAGAAGAAAAAGAUUGAGCGUCGUCGUAGCCCAGAUCGGCAUAGAUCUCGAUCCCCAGACAGGCAAAGACAUCGCUUUAAGUCACCUCUAUAUGAGCGAGAGUCUUCGAAGGACACCCAUUUAAAGGACAAGCUUGACCGGUCUCGGGAUAGAAAAAGAGAGCCCAGCUAUGAAAGACGAAUACACCGAAGUACACGUCCAUGGACCAAAGCACCCGACUCACCUAAUGAAAAACGAAAAAGGUCACAUCAUCGGUCGCCAUCACCAAAGUCUGCAUAUAAGCCUAGUAAGGAAAAACAAUCUUCAACUAAAACAUACAGACCGAAAGUUGACUCGCACGAGCCGCCUCCUCCAGGAUUUGAGUCCUUGCAAAUUGGUGGCUCAACUGACAGUGAUUCACAAAAGAGAACAUCGUCAUGUCUGGAGCCAGUUAGCGAAUCGAAAAUGGAAAAUCACGAGAACUUUGACGACGAGUUCUUGCCACGUAAAAGACAAAGAUCUUCGAGUAAGAGCGAGUUCAAUCAACCAGAUGAAAAUUUCUAUCGAGGUCACACUCCGCCAACAAAAGGUUCAUCUGCAAAAGUCCCUAAAGGAGAUCAUAUACCAUACCAGAGCCCACCCAGAACUCCCAAAAAGGAAAUCGACCCUAAUUUAAUUGACAAUUCUAAGCACAGAAAGGAACUGAUCUCUAGAACGUUAAGUCCAGACAAUUUUGAGCCAAAUACCCAUAUCGGCAAAGAAAAUGAUGUACAGCUGGACAGUCAACUAAAAGAGCGUAAGAAGAAGAAAAAAGUUAAGUCAGAGAAGAAAAAGAGUAAGAAAGACAAAAAGGAAAAACGGGAUAAGAGUAAAAAAUCAAUCUCGCCGGAAAAUAAAUCCAAGCAAAGGCGAUCACCAAACCCAGAAAGUGGUCCGACGCCUGUAAUUGACAAUUCGAACAUAACAGAUAUGUUCAGCGAGUCUAAUAGUAAAGUAAAGUCCAUUAUAGGUAAUGAUUCAUGCGGCGAUGUAAGUGAUCCUGAACCAAAAAAGGAAUUAAAUACACCUGCUAGAAAAACCCGUGAGAAAUCUCCAAUCGAAAGAUUACGAAGGGUUGAUUCUGUUUUAGAUAUAGAGGGCUAUGACUCUGAUUUUGGCGAAGGAAAUAAUGUUUCGAAAAGCAACAAAAAAAUUGAUGUCGAUACCAUCCAUGUUUCGAAGUGGGAAACAGAAGACAAUAACACAAACACAGUGGAUCCUUCGAAAAAAGUUGUUUGCAAUACGGAACAGGAACAUGAUGUAAUAACAUCCGACGUUAUCCGUAAAGCCGAAAAUGCAAUUUUCGCAAAAGCUAUAAACGCAAUACGGCCCGUCGAGUUCAAAGUAAUACUCGAUUCAAGGAGUAAUAGUAAGGACCGUGCUAUAUCGAUUCGCAACGACCCAAAGGAUCGAUCAAUUUCUCCAAAACACAGCAUGUACAAAUCAGUCAAGGACAGGCUUGGAAGCAAAGUUGUUCGAGACAAAAUGCAGUCACCAAAUCAUUCAAAAGAAAGGCGAGGGGAAAGCCCACGGAGGAACACAAGAGACGGUAAAUACAGGAGUACACCUGAAGACUAUAGGUCCAGAAAAAGGUCUAGGAGCUCCAAGGAACGAUUCGUAAACACAGACAAAAAGAAUGACAACAAAGAGCGUCGGAGAAGCCGUUCAUCUGAUAGGAAUAAACGUGAUGUUAAGCCCAAAAGAGAAAGAAAUCGGGAGCCUAGUUUGGUCGAGAAACCAAAAUAUAAAUCACGCGAUAGGGAACAAUCGGAAUCAAGACAUAACAGAAACAAUGACAAAAAGAAAUUUGAUGAUCACGGCGAACAGAAUAUUUCCAAAAAUACUAAAACUGUAGAAAGUCGUGUAAUAGUAGCUACAAGACCUUGUCGUCCAGAUAAUCCUUUCAGAAAAUUUGAUGAUGGCAAUGUUUCUAAUAACAUAAUAUCAAAACUUGAAAAGGGAAUUAGGCACGAGGAUGAUCAAUCAAAUUCGGAAGAUGAACUAGAAAAAGUAAAAAGAAAAAAUAAGAAACUAAAAAAACAUUCAAAAUGUUCAUCAACCGAAUCAUCACGAUCUGAAAGGCGCCUAGAUCUAAAAAGUAAACGAAAAAGUAAACUAUUAAAAAAGAAAAAGAAAUCUAAGAAAUAACAUUCAAACCAUUAAUUAAUCAAUUGUAUUAAAAUUAUGUUACAUUAUGCUUACACUAUAUUGUUAAAUAAAAAUCUUGAUAUACACUCUUGA